CCUGCCUCUCCUCCUUCCCCAGUCAUUGUGAUCGCCGGCUGGCUGCCUGUGCUUGUCGGCUCUGUGGAUCCCGGGCACACCAUCCGUGGCCGCAUGUGCUGGAAGGGGACACGUCCAUCUGGAUGGGCCGGGGUGUUGUCUGGAAAUGUAAGAUGCCCAUGGAUGGUGGCUAUCUGACUGGGUGGUGAUGACUUCCAGCCGUAGAAAGCAGCAGGCUUGCACAUAGCAUUGAGGCACCAUGACAGUGUUUAGACAGGAAAACCUGGAGGACUACUAUGAGGUUGGGGAAGAACUUGGAAGCGGUCAGUUUGCAGUAGUGAAGAAAUGCCAGGAGAAAAGCACAGGUGUGCACUAUGCAGCAAAAUUCAUCAAAAAGAGACGCACCAAAUCAAGCCGGCGCGGCGUGACCCGGGAGGAUAUUGAGAGGGAGGUCAGCAUACUGAAAGAGAUCCGACAUCCUAAUGUGAUCACGCUCCAUGAGGUGUAUGAGAACAAAACAGAUGUCAUUCUCAUUCUGGAGCUCGUUGCAGGCGGCGAGCUUUUUGACUUUCUUGCUGAGAAGGAAUCGUUAUCAGAAGAGGAAGCGACUGAAUUUUUAAAACAGAUCCUCAAUGGCGUCAAUUACCUGCACUCGCUGCACAUUGCCCACUUUGAUCUUAAGCCGGAGAACAUCAUGCUUCUGGACAGAAUUGUACCUAAGCCAAGGAUCAAGAUCAUUGACUUUGGCCUAGCUCACAAAAUUGACUCAGAAAAUGAAUUUAAAAAUAUAUUUGGAACUCCAGAAUUUGUUGCUCCGGAAAUUGUAAACUAUGAGCCACUUGGUCUGGAGUCUGACAUGUGGAGUGUUGGAGUCAUAACUUACAUUCUGUUAAGUGGAGCAUCUCCAUUCCUCGGUGAAACCAAACAAGAGACGUUGGCAAAUAUAUCUGCUGUUAAUUAUGAAUUUGAAGAUGAAUUUUUUAGUAGCACUAGCGACCUGGCCAAAGAUUUUAUUAGGCGGCUUCUUGUCAAGGACCCAAAGAAAAGAAUGACAAUACAAGACAGCUUGAAUCACCCAUGGAUUAAGCCUAAGGAUACCCAACAAGCACUGAGCAGAAAAGCCUCUGCAGUGAAUAUGGAGAAAUUCAAGAAGUUUGCUGCACGCCGAAAAUGGAAACAAUCUGUCCGCUUAAUAUCCCUGUGCCAAAGACUGUCGAGAUCUUUCUUAUCCAGAAGCAACAUGAGUAUUGCUAGAAGUGAUGACACUCUGGAUGAAGAAGAUUCUUUUGUUAUGAAGGCCAUCAUUCAUGCCAUAAAUGAUGACAAUGUUCCAGGUUUGCAGCACCUUUUAGGGUCAAUGGCAAACUAUGAUGUAAACCAGCCAAACAAGCAUGGCACACCUCCACUAUUAAUUGCUGCAGGCUGUGGAAACAUUCAAAUGCUGGAGUUACUGAUUAAACGUGGGGCACAUAUUGAUGUGCAGGAUAAGGCUGGAUCCAACGCACUUUAUUGGGCCUCUCGACAUGGUCAUGUUGAGACAUUGAAAUUCCUCCAUCAAAAGAAUUGUCCUUUGGAUGUUAAGGAUAAGUCUGGGGAAACAGCCCUGCAUGUCGCAGCUCGCUAUGGUCAUGUGGAGGUCAUCCAGUAUUUGUGCAGUAUUGGAUCAAAUCCAGACAUUCAGGACAAGGAAUCCGAAACCCCAUUGCAUUGUGCUUCUUGGCAUGGCUACUAUCCUGUGGCUAAAGCUCUGUGCCAGGUUGGCUGCAAUGUCAACAUUCGUAAUCGGGAAGGCGAGACACCGCUCCUCACAGCCUCUGCCAGGGGAUACCAUGAUAUUGUGGAGUGCCUGACUGAACAUGGAGCCGACCUUGAUGCAACCGACAAGGAUGGUCACAUAGCCCUCCACCUUGCGGUAAGAAGAUGUCAGAUGGAAGUAGUUAAAACCUUGAUCAAUCAGGGGUGCUAUGUAGACUUCCAGGAUCGCCAUGGUAACACGCCACUUCAUGUCGCCUGCAAAGAUGGCAAUAUUCCUAUUGUAAUGGCACUGUGUGAAGCGAACUGUAAUUUGGAUAUUACUAACAAGUAUAACCGGACCCCGUUACAUCUGGCAGCCAAUAAUGGUAUUCUGGAAGUUGUUCGCUACCUUUGCCUCUCUGGUGCCAACGUUGAAGCUUUAACUCUGGAUGGAAAAACUGCAGAAGACCUUGCCAAGGCUGAGCAGCAUGAGCCUGUUGUGAGUUUGCUUUCUAGACUUCGUAAGGACACGUACAGAACUCAAUUCAUUCAGCAGCUGAGACCUGUCCAAAGCCCACAGCCAAGGAUUAAACUGAAAUUGUUUGGACAUGUUGGCUCUGGGAAGACCACACUGAUAGAGUCCCUGAAAUGUGGGCUUAUUCGCAGCUUUUUCCGGAGGCGCAGGCCUCGCCUUUCUUCCACUAAUUCAACCCGGUUUCCUUCUUCACCACUGUCUUCCAAAACGUCAGGUAAGCUAAAAGUUUCAGUGAGCAUUUCUGAUUUAUACCCCGGCUGUGAGAAUGUAAGUGUGAGAAGUCGGAGCAUGAUGUUUGAGCCAGGCCUGACAAAAGGGGUUCUGGAGGUGUUUGUCUCCCCAUCCAAUCAUCCUCACUGUUCUAUUGAUGACCAGUCCACUAAAGCUAUUGACAUCCAGAAUGCCAAUCUCAAUGGUGUAGGAGAUUUCAGUGUCUGGGAGUUUUCUGGAAACCCUACCUACUACUGCAGCUAUGACUAUUUUGCUGUGAAUGACCCCACAUCAAUCCAUAUGGUUGUUUUCAGCCUUGAAGAGCCAUAUGAGAUUCAGUUAAAUCAGGUUAUAUUCUGGCUAAAUUUUCUGAAGUCACUUAUGCCCGUGGAGGAGCCAAUAGCUUAUGGAGGGAAGCUGAAGAAUCUGUUGCAAGUGGUGUUGGUUGCCACCCACGCAGACAUUGUCAACCUCCCACGUCCAGCAGGUGGAGAAUUUGGAUAUGACAAAGAUAUAUCGCUGCUGAAAGAAGUUAGAAACAGGUUUGGCAAUGACCUCCAGAUUUGUGACAAGCUGUUUGUGUUGGAUGGUGGAGCAUCUGGCUCCAAGGACAUGAAGCUUCUGCGAAAUCACCUACAGGAACUGAGAAGCCAGAUGAUUUCUGAUUGUCCUCCAAUGACACCAUUAUGUGAGAAGGUUCUCUCAACCCUUCCACCCUGGAGAAAGCAGAAUGGACCCAACCAGUUGCUUUCCUUCCAACAAUUUGUUUAUGACGUGCAAGAACAGUUAAAUCCACUGGCAACUGAAGAUGAUGUCCGGAAUCUAGCCCAGCAGCUGCACAGCAUGGGAGAGAUAAACAUCAUGCAAAGUGAUACAGUCCAAGAUGUUGUGCUUUUAGAUCCAAGAUGGCUAUGUUCCAAUGUUCUUGGGAAACUGCUGUCUGUGGAGAACCCAAAAGCCCUUCACCACUAUAGAGGAAGGUAUACUAUGGAGGAUAUCCAACGCCUGGUUUCAGACAGUGAUGUGGAUGAACUUAUACAAAUUUUGGAUGCUAUGGACAUUUGUGCACGAGACUUAAGCAGUGGGACCAUGGUAGAUAUCCCUGCCCUUAUAAAAACAGAUAGCCUGCACAGGUCGUGGACUGAUGAAGAAGAGGACAUCUUAAUAUAUGGAGGUGUUAGAAUUGUUCCUGUGGAACAUCUUACUCCUUUCCCCUGUGGGAUUUUCCAUAAAGUCCAAGUCAACCUCUGCAGGUGGAUACACCAGCAGAGCACCGAAGGUGAUGCCGACAUACGUCUGUGGGUAAACGGGUGUAAACUGGCAAACAGAGGGGCUGAAGUUUUGGUGUUGCUGGUCAACAACGGUCAAGGAAUUGAAGUGCAUGUUCGAGGACUAGAAACUGAGAAGAUAAAGUGUUGUUUACUCCAAGAAUCUAUUUGCAGUAUCAUUGAUAACUUAUUUGCAGCAACCUUGCCAGGGCUUUUAACUGUAAAACAUUACUUAAGCCCACAGCAACUAAGAGAACACCAUGAGCCAGUAAUGGUUUACCAGCCAAGAGACUUUUUCCGAGCCCAGGCCCAAAAGGAGACUUCACUGGCAAACACCAUGGCUGGAUACAAAGAAAGUUUUAGCAGCAUAUUGUGCUUCGGAUGCCUGGAGAUUUACUCUCAAGGAAGCCUAGGCAUGGACCAUCAUGUGUCGGAUCUGAACAUUCUCGUAAGGAGAAAACUCAGUCGGUUUCUUGAUGCGCCAGAUCCUAUGGGCAAGGACUGGUGUCUUCUAGCCAUGAAUUUGGGCCUUCCAGAGUUAGUUGCCAAAUAUAAUGCCAGCAGUGCGACACACAAAGAUUUUACAGAGAGUCCCGUCUGUGCUCUUUUACAAGAAUGGACCAAUGCUCCUGAUAGCACUGUAGCGGUAUUAAUGUCAAAACUGAGAGAACUGGGGCGGCGGGAUGCAGCAGAUUUUCUCCUGAAAUCAUCCUCCGUGUUUAGAGUGAAUUUGGAUGUACAUGGGCAGGAAGCCUAUGCCGCUAGCUGUAACAGUGGCACAUCUUACAAUUCAAUUAGUUCAGUAGUGUCACGAUGACUGACGGUUUCAUUAUGAACUCGUCUCUACUCUACUGUGCUACUGGUGUAACACAUUUAGUUCUUAUAUUGCUGUAUUACAAGGGUAUGAGUUUUAAGUCCUUAAUUUAUAAGCAUUCCGUUGAUGAAUGUUACAUGCCCUAUAAAACCUUGUACUUUGUGAUCUUUCUACUUUUAAUAAGAAUUGUUGCCUUUUAUCAUAGAUUUUUAAAGGCCUAUACUUUGAAUUUUUUCAGUCCUGACUUCUAUAGAAUGUGCUGCUAAAUACUGCCACCUAGAUGGAUAAAAGCUGUUCCUUUUUCAUUUUAAA